GAGAAAGUAUCUUUUUGGUACAAAAUAAUUUAUUUUUAAUUUCUACUCGCUCAAGUUAUCCCAAAUAAUCCCAUGGUCCAGUAAAAAAUGAAGCUAACCUGCACAUUUGAGGAUUUUAUAUUUAAUAAUGGCGAUAAAUUCUAUCAGCGCAUCAUUAAGGACCAAGAAGUUCCACAAAACAGCAAAUUUGAAUUUUCCGGUCAACAUUUACCCAAAAAGUACGACCCCGAUGUGACAUUUAUUGAGUUCCGUGACUGCAAAUGUCCAAAAGUUCCACAAGGAUUGACAAAAACCUUUCCAAAUUUAAAGGUUCUGAGCAUCUGCAAUUCAAAGUUGAAGGACAUCAGCAAGGACGACAUGGCUGAGUAUAAAAAUUUGUUUAAAUUUAUUUGCCACAAGAACGAAGUUGACUUCCUGCCUGGCGACUUAUUUGAAGGAUUUGAGGACUUGACUUACAUAAAAUUCACCAGCAAUAAAUUAGGCGUGAUUGAACCGAACCUAUUUGACAACCUUUAUCGUCUAGAGUACAUAAACUUCAAGUCCAAUCCAGAUAUUCACAAAUUUUCCGCAGAUGCAGCUUAUCAGCGCAGUGUGAAUGCUAUGCCAGGGGAGGUUAAGGUUGCUGUAUAUUUCAACUUUCUCAAUGGCGACAUCAAAUUCAUUAGAAAUUAUAUCCACAAGACUCCAGAUCCGAGUGGCACAUUGAACUAUUUAAAGUUAUAUGCUAACAGCCACAAAUCAAAGUUGAAUAUUUUGGAACUUAAGUACGAGUUGUAUGAAGCUAGUCGGGCUACAGAUGUUGAUGAAAUUAAGAACGAUAAUGAAAAAUUUAAGUUAAAACUUGAUGAGCUGGAAUCACUAAAUGACAAAGUAAACGAUGAUGUAAAGGAACUGGAGGAAUCGGAUGUAAAGAUAAGUCAGCAACUUGAGGAAUGCAGCAAAGAUUUACAAAAUGUUAAAGAAGAAAAUUCAAAAAUUAAAAAAAAUUUGCAAAGUCAAAUUGAUGAUUUAGUUCGACAAUUCCAGUCAAUCAUGUUUGAAAGAAAGUCAAAAUAA